AUGUCUCAGCAUCCUAGUUACGCCAUGGCAGCAUUAUGCUCAGCAGGUGGAAUUGCUGGUUAUGCACGCUCGCGUUCAGUACCGUCGUUGGUCGCUGGAUUAGGUGUUGGAGCCAUGUAUGGUGUAGCCAGUUACUUGAUCAAGGAAAAUAGAUAUUAUGGACAUGAAACUGGCGUGGCAGCGUCUGUCAUCCUGGCAAGUAGUAUGGUACCCAAAGCAAUCAAAACGGGAAAACCAUUUCCUGUCGCUUUAGCUGUGUGUUCAGUUGUCACUGGAGCUUAUUACACCAAAAAAGUCGUUGAGUACUGGUAA